AAAAGGCGUCGCCAGUCUACAUUUAUAUGUAAAAGUGAGAAAUUUUGUAUUGAAUUUUGUUGUGCGAUAAAUGUACUUAAUUAUUAAUAAAGUUCGCACAUGGUAAAAUAUUAAAAUAAGUGUGAAACAAAACGUGAAAAGCACCGUUACAGGCAAUUGUAAGCUAUUACGUUUUAUUGUUUGCAUCGCCGGUAGUAUAACUGUUAAAUCAGCCUAGCGGAGCCGGCAGCUGCAAGACGCGCACGGCGCGCGCGCGUAUUUAAGUUUUUUUUUGAUUAUUUCUUUGUGAAAAUGGAUUUGCGUAGCUGGAAGAAAGUGUUACUGCAAUGGGUCAGCGAAUGCAGCUUUAUAGAGAAGAAUUAUAUGUCCAUCGAACAGACGGACCUUGAAGGCUUCUUUGCCGUCUAUGUGCAGAAUACUCAACUAGCCGCUCAUGGCCCGCCACAAGCGCACAAUGGAUGUAAUUUGCAAACGUUUCUGCGAAACAUUUAUCCUGACUUUACGCCACAUUACGACAACCGCGGUAAUGUGAUGACCAGCGACUACCUGUAUGUCUAUACACUUCUCAUGCACUACGCAUGCGUGAGGUGUCCGAAUGAGUACUUCCAUAGUAUUUGCAAAAAGCUACCGAACCAAAUCCAGCAAUGCAUUAAGGGUUUCUUCGAGCAGACUGUGCAGCUUCCUGAGGUGCCUCUAACACGGGAUCGUCUUCGUCAAGUCAUUGCCAAUGUAGCGUGCCUCUUUCGGCGCAGCAGUAUUUCUGUAUCUGCGGCUGCUAGUGUUUUGGAGGGCAGCACAAACACCAUAAGCAGCACUCCACAUGCUCGGCCAUUGCGCAGGUUCUUCAGAAACAAGCCCAAUACUUCACCAACUCACAGUCCUGCCAUUUCGACUAGUCCUAUGACUCCUCGUGCCUGUAGAACUAGCGCCGGCUCGGAUGAGUGCGCAAACGUAAGCGAUAUUAGUGAUACAUCAGCAGCAACUAGCUACUUUGGUGCUGAAAGCCCUGGAGAGGAAUUUGUAACGCCUGUAGACACACGCGCUUUUGUACAUACGCGGUCCGCGGAACCGCCAUUGACCCCCAAAACAGAGCUUUUGGAAAUUUGCCAUCGAGAAGUUACCGGGCUAAAGGCUCAACUGGAAACAGAACGGUAUGAGAAGACAAUGUUACUGGAGCAAAUGAAGGAUAACAGCAGUUUAAUAGCAGCUCUCCAGUUAGUUCAUAAAGACAAUCAUAAAAGUGCCCCCACUUCUCCAAUUACCACAGAGAACGAAAACAAACAGAAACACUUGAACAACAUGGAUGAUGAUGGCAAUGAAUCCGAAGCGGUUCGCAACUACGUGCCCAAUGAUUUGGAACAUCUUAAGAAUCGUAUGCGUAAGGAGAUCGACACUAAGGAUGAUAUCAUUGCCAAAAUCCAAGACAAAUUGGAGGAUGCUAUUUUGGAGAAUUCGGGCCUGGAGAACAAGCUGAAAAUGUCUGAUAAACAGAUGCGCGUGUGCAUGGAUCGAAUACGCGAGCUGGAGGUGCGCUCCGAAGAGCUGGCAGAAGCCGUGGCCAAGAAGGAGAAAGAAAUUGCUGGCCUCGAGAGCGAUAAGCUCGACUUGGAGCAAUGCCUGCAGGAGAUGCGUGAUGCCAUGCACAGCAAACGUGAAGUUUUGAACGCCUCAUCUGAUUUGCUCGAUGCUUCGUUGUCGCAGGGAAGCAUGAACACCACGCCAGAGAAUCUAGGGAGUUCAGUGAUUGACAAGCAGCUUCGCGAAAAGGAGCAUGAGAACAAUCAAUUGCGCGAGGAGAUUAAAAGUCUUCUGCAUUCCAAGCAACGCAUGGGUGAGGAACUCUGUGCAUUAAUUCGCGAGCAGGCGCAAGUAUUUCAUCUUGAAAUCGAGUGCGACGACAUGCUUGAAUGGGGGCACAACUUGGAGAAGGAAGACUCGCAAUUAAAUCAUAUCGUACGCUACUUAAAAUUGUUGAGUGCUAGUUAUCAGAAGGAACAAUAUUUAGUCAAAGAACUGCAGGAUCAGUCUGAGGGUCUAUCCGAACGCAAUAGUCAACUGGUUGAUCAUGUAGAGCUCAUGACCAAAAACAUAAAUGCUGUCCAAAAGGAGCUUGCACUGGUUCUUCAGAACAACACAAAUUUGGAGCGUUGUAAAUUUGAAUUGGAGCAGAGAAUCAAGCAACAAGAUGAAGGGCUCCAGCAAAUAAAUCAAAACAAUGAGGUCUUGCGGGAAAAGGUCAAGGCUCUCACUCUUGAGCUACAGCAACGGGAGCAACUGUCGAAGGAGCAAGCCUUGGCUCAGAGUCAUCAUCAGACUCGCAUGGAGCAACAGCUGGAAAUGGCCAACAAGAAAGAACAUCAAUUGCAGGAACGUGUGACCGAGUUACAGACCAAAUUGACAGCAAGCAAGGUUGAACACGAUGGUGAGAUCCGUCUCCUAAGUGCUCAACAGGAGCAACAGCGUCACGAUCUUGCUGUACUCAAGGAGAAGCAUGAGAAGCUGUUGUUGAAACAUGAGGAAUUGCGUCAGUGUUCAUCGCAAACAGAUAAUCAUCUGGCGCAAAUGCGUCAGAACCUGGAUGAGAAGGAGCAUGAAAUGGCUGAGCUAGGCCGUGAAAUUCUCGAGCUGCGCACCAAAAACAUUGAACUUGAAUCGCGUAUCAAUUCUCUGAUGACCGAACGCACCAUUGAAAUGGAGGCAUCUCGCGUAAAAUUAGAGCAGAAGGAGUUACGCAUCUCCGAGCUGGAAGCGCUGCUGGAGAAGGAUCGCGGUGUCCUAAGGCAUGUUCGUAACAAAUAUCAGAGUUGCAAAAGCCAACUUUACAGUCACAACCAACGCAUAGAAACAAUGGCAAAGUUGGUUAAUGGCUCGAAUUGGGAUGACGUAAUAGCAAAGGUGGAUACGUGUGUUAAGGCAAAACAUUCCCUGAGGGAGCAGGUCGACUUACUUAAGAACAACAAUGCAUCCCAAAUUUCGGUGAUUGAACAGCUCGAGAAGCGCUUGCAAGCUGCGUUGGACUAUCAACAGAGUAUUGAACAUAGUCAUGAGCAACAGGUGCAGAAGCUGGAGAUGGACGUGAUUGCUGCACAGGAUGCUAAAAACGUCGUCGAGGAGCGGCUCGAAGCGUCGCGUCAGCGCCAUAAUGAAUUCAUUCAGAAGAUCAAGGCUGAUCUUAAAACUCGUGAGAACACACUGAAGGAAACAUUACUAGAUAGAGAGCGCGAUCACGACCAAAAACAGCAAGAACUUAAGCAUAUAUCCGAAUGCAACUCCAGGCUCACCGCUGAGUUGGAGCUAGUCAGAGAGCAGGCCAAGAAGUUCAGUUCUGAGGCUACGGAGAUUAACAAUCUAUUCAUGUUGCACAUUGAUCGUUUCUAUGGAACAGUGAACAGUCUGGCGCGGGGCGGGGUAAGGCCGAGAUCUCCAGCACAAGCAUCAUGUCAUGGACGUUCUGAUGGCGAUAAUAGUUCCCGUUUCUCUGAGCAUUUCGAUGCACAAAUGCGUCGUCUAAACGAUGCCGAAAUCAUGCUGGAUGCGGUGCUCACCCAGAAGACGAUGCUCAUCAGCAGCUUGACUGAGGAGAAGCGCGGAGAGCAGGAGAAGCGGAAUGCUUUAGAGGCUCGCCAUGCUGCCGAUUUGAAACGUUCAACAGCCCAGAUUGCAGAGCUGCAAUCUCAGAUCAAUGAGUUAAGCAAACAGAAUGCCAUAAUUAUUACCGAAAAUCGUCAUCACAAUGCUCGCGUUCGUCACGAGCACGAUCAGCGUGAACUGCUUAUCUCAUCGCUUGAGAAAACUGCUGAAAAACUUCAAAUGGCAUUGGCCCUGAAAGAUGCCGAAGUGACGGCCAGCAUGCGUACGGCCAGUGAGACGAUGGAGCGGUUGAGUCAAGUAGAAGCGAAGUUGAAGGCUGAGUGCGCAACCUCGGCCGAGUUGUUGCAAAAAUUGGCCCAAAAAAUGGACCAACUGGAUAGCCAGGGCGAUGCUACCGCUGAUGUGCUGGCUAAAUUGACAAGCUUCGAAGAAAACAAUAACAUAGACUUGGACAAUAGUGCUUCCCAAGGUGUCGACUUCUCCAACAAUACAGAACAGCUGCGCUACAAACUUGAUAAAUUUCUGCAAAGCUUCAAUCGUAUGCAUGCUCGCUACACAGAAGCCAACUUGCAGAUCAAGCAGCUAAUGGAAAACCAAGAAGAUCUACAGAAGAAAUUGAGUCAACAAUCGGUUAGCUCGAAGGAGCUUGAAGAGCAAUUGAGAAGUGAGUUGACGGCCCAGGUGUCUCGGCUCAGUAAUCAUAAUGUGCACCUAGACGAGACAGUUAAAAACCUCGAGGAUGUCAACGAGAAGCUCGUAAAGGACGCUGCUAAAUUGGAAGCGGUCCUGGGAGAGUCGCAGCAAGCUCUCCAGGAGUCGGAGGCGAAGCAGCUGCGCAUGGGAGCAGAACUCGCACAAUACCAAGUAGAGAUAGCAAGCCUGGAGUCUCAAGUUGCACAGCUGCAGAGCCAAGAGGCGCAGCUAUUAGAGCGCGUAGAGCAAGAACAGGAUCGUUGCAAAGCCGUGGCUCUCCAGCUGGAGGAGAAGGUAGGCGAGGACAUGGAGGCGACGCGUCUCUAUGAGUUGCAAACCAAAAUUCUCAACGAGACACAGGAUGAACUGCAGCGUGUACAGGGUAACCUGGAUGUGCUUCAACUUACAUUCGAUCGUAAGGCCCAAUUAAUGGAGGACCUGAGUUUGUCGUUUGAAAUGCAGCGCAUGGAGCUCGAAGAGGAACUCGAGAGCAAGCGGAAGCUUAUCAAACAGCAUGAGGACCUGCAGGCCGCUCACAACGAUGCUUUGAACCAAUUGCAGAGUAUGAGUGAGGCCAAGAGCCAGGCACAAAACGAAAUAAGUGAACUACAAACUCAAUCAUAUGAGAUGCAUCAGACGACUAAGGACCUUGAGGGGCAAUUAGAGCGCCAGCGGGAAGCGGCACAACAAGAGCAAGAAAAACUGAAAGUCGAGCUCGUUCAAGUACGGACUGAACUUCAGAACCAGGUCCAAAAUCUUGAAAAUCGUCUGCUUACAUCCAAUAGUGAGGCGGCCACAUUACGUGAGACUGCGAAUAAGUCAGAGCAAGAGGUGCAAAUGCUUCGUACAGAGCUCGAUUUGGUUACGAAGAAUGCAGAGAGCCUGAAUCUCAAAAUUGUUGAGCUACAGGCUCAAUUUGAUAAAAAUGAACGUGAGUUUACUGCACAGAAGGCAAGCAUAGAGGAGAAGCUGGCGAAUCUAAUUCGCGAAAAGGAAAUUCUUGACGAUCAAAUACAGAAAAGCUCGAACACUGAGAUGGCGUUGCUCGGAAAGAUUGGUAUACUUGAGCAGAACGUCAUCACGGCAGAGAAAUUGUGCAAGGAGGCGCAACUGGACAAAAAUGUUGCACACGAACGCAUCACUAAGCUGGAGCAGUUGCGCGAUCGUCAGGAGAAAAUCGUACGCACCCUUGAGCACCAGCUGAACGAUGCAGAUGAUACCAAAGUGUCUCUAAACCACGACAUCGGCGGACUUAACUCUGAAAUUGCUCAGUACAAACGGCGCGAGACGGAGCAUACUCAGAAGUUUGAUCAGCUGCAGAAAGAGUUCCAGCAAACACAGAACGAUCUGUGUGAUGUGCAGCAGGAGCUGCUGCGGUCCAAAGCGGAGUUGGAUGCGCAAACCCAGAAUUAUUUGAAGCUAAGCGGUGAGCGGCAGCAGUUGGACGCGCAGCUGCAGUCACUGCAGGAGUCGAAUGCGGCCGCGCAGGCGGAGCAGUCCGUCCAGCUGUUGACGCUAAACGACAAUAUUAAGCUGCAACGCGUCCAAAUCGAUGCACUGGAGAAAGAACUGAAGACUGAGAGGGUCAAAUACCAGGCACUGCAGGGUGAAAUGUUGCACAAGGAGGAGGAAUUGCGGCAAGUUCAAAACCUGCUGGAGCAAACGGUUGCUGAAAUGAACUUUCAGGAUAUGCAACAAAAAGACUUGCUCCUCGAAGAGUUUAAACGAGAGCGCGAGGAGGAAAAGCAACGCACUCUCACACACGCCAGCGAAAUGGUGAACCUCCAAAAGGAACUCCAAGAGUACAGUCUGGAGUUGGCCACGUUGCGUAGCACGCAUGAUAAACUGUGCCAGCAGAUGGCCAAUAAGGAGGUGAACGAUGCCAAGAUCCAGAAGCUCGAGCUCGACUGUCAGGUAUUGCAGGCCAAGUAUCGUGAAGCGAAGGAAGAGCUAGCCCGUGCCGAUCAACGUUUGAAGGAUCAGCGCCUUGAAUUGGAAGGGAAACUUGAGAAAAUGAAGAACAAAAUGAAGGCACUGUACAAUGAGGAGAUCACGCGAAUGAAGCAAAAGCAGGAACGUGAGGCGACCACUAAUAACGCGGAACUAGAGGCAGUAAAAGCACAGAAUGCCAAAUAUGAGGAGCAUGUACGCAAGCUUUCCAACCAGAUUGUACGUCUCAACGACAAGAUAUUGGAGCACCAGAAGCAACAUGCAAUACUCAGCACCAAGCUGCGCCACAUGCAACAACAGCAGGAGCAGCAGCAGUUGCAGUUUCAAUUGGAGCAUCAGAGUGCUGAUAUACCCUUUAAACGGCCCAGCGCAUUACCGACAUCUUCCGGCCCUGCGGCGGUCAAUUUGGGCACGAAUCUAGCAAUGGAGGAUGAGGAGGGUGAAGUAUUCAACAACACCUACCUGACGGAUCUUAAAAUGGGACGUGUGCCCGAAAUAACUACCGAGGAACUGCACUAUCGGAACUCACUGCAGCCGCCGCAUUUGAAGAGUACCUAUGCAGCGCAGUAUGAUUUGGUCGCUCCAGACGACGAUCUCAAAGAUGGUCCACACAGUCUUGACGAUAGCAUGAGCGCUUUGCUUAGCACUACUGGAGGUUGUGCAGCACGCAAAAAAUCGAUGGGUACGCACUAUAAACGCCCAGGUCCGCCGACUCCGAGCAAAAACGGCGGCCGUUUAUCCUUCGGCGGUAGCACGGAGCCACCGCGGGAAAUUUUGCGUGAGAUGUGUGAUGGCGGUGGCAAUUCCAAGACGCCGGCACGUUUUAAGCUCUUCACAUCUCGCUUCAGCAUGGGUAGCAGCAGCAGCAAUGGGGGAGGAGGUGGCCACUGUCUGCCGAGCAAUCACACUCGUGAUGAGCUCUCAGCAGUCCAGCCAAGGAAAGCACAAAAGCAACAAUCGAGGCGUCUCCGGCAAAAUUUGCUGGCGCAUGUGCAGCGACGAAAUAUACAGGGAAGGGCAGCGGCCGCGUUCUGCACAUCAACGCCGAGGAAGAGUCACUCCAACGAUCAGCAGGGUCUGAUAUGCAACAGUGAUGUGACUGAGAACCAGGUGGAUGUGAAAUAUGUGCCCACAGUGAGUGGAGCGGCAAAUCAGAGUACCCCGCAUUUGCCGGCCAAUGAGUUUCCGGUCGAUGCACGACGAUUGCGACUGUUGGUGGCUCCAACUAGCAGUUCUGGCAGCAGUAGUGCUGUUGGCACUGCACGCCGAUCGUCGCUGGGUGGUGCUCGAGUACGGAGGCGGGGGGCGCGAGUCUCACUUUGCUUGCAUGGCAACAUCUUUGCUCGAAGCAGACCCCCGACAGGCCAUCCCUCGAAAGCAGCAAAGGCGGAGCAGCAGCAGAAUCGACAAGCCAAAAUCAAGAAUAAAACGCGUCAGCAGCGCUAUGCAUGUUUCGAUCAGGGCAGACAGCUAGUGGGUAGUGAUGGAGAUGGAGAUGGACAUGAUGAUGGUGGUGGUGGUGGUGGUGAGCAGAGGGUCGAGUUGGAGGGGGACGAGGAAGAUUCGGGGCACGCCACUUAUACGUUGAGGCAGACUAAUAACAAUGACUAUAGUUUGCUCAAUCGCAACAACAAGAAGAACUUGAAAUUGGGUGCUACCAUGGUGAUGGCACCCCAGCAUCAUCAUCAUCAGUUGGAGAUGACGUUUAAUGUCUCCCCCCGCAUUCGCCCCCAACUGCAGCAAUUUGAAAAGGAUCAUAUUAACGAUUGGAUCAAUAGCCAAGUCACCGUUGCAUUUGAUAGUAUUGAUGAUGGCGGGAAUGCGGCCGUUAAUGACUUCGAGCAGCUGUGCCGGGAAACAGUGUCGACGGCUCCAUUCGCCUUACAGCCACUAAAUUUUAGUGAUGGAAUCGGACGAAAUGAGACAGAACAAGAAGAGCAGGAAUCUGAUGACCACACGCAUCAAUUGUCCGUCCACACUCCCAUAAAUGUGCAGCCGUCGAAUAAUAGUAACGCAUCCUCGGCCUCAUGCACAAUUUACUCGCAGGGCAACGUACAUAGCUAUCGAUUGCCCCAAAUCAAUGUGAUGACAGUGCCCCAACUUUCAACGAGUUGCCAGCGGGCCACUCAAAACUGUAUUAUUACGGUCGCCGAUCUGUGGGGCAUAUGGCGUCGCAUGAGUGUCACAGCACGCCUAAUUCUAGGGAUGAUGGCGAUCGGAUUGGGACUGGGCGGUCCUUUGAGUGUGAUCACAACGGCAACCAUUGGAUCGCUGCUGGUACUCAUAAGCUAUUACUAUGGUGGCGAUAAAUAAGGUGUUCUGUUCACAACAGGAAUUACGAUUACAAUUCCCCACCCAAACGUCGCCUCAGCAACAUGUUCAAGCGGAAAUAGCCGAAGGAGUACCAUCAAUACACACUUUUUUGUAUAGCAGUAGCUUUAAGUUUAACUAAAACAUAUCCCUAAGCUGUAAAGUUUCUCGUAGACGCAUCUGUGGCUCCCAACGGGCUCCAUUAAUUCUAUUUCGAAUUGUAUUAUUAUGUUAUGUAGCAAAAGGCGCAUUGAUAUAAAUUCUCUAUUCAAGCCUUACAUAAAACAGUUGUAUAAUCCCUGUUGGUAGUGAAUAGGACUCUUUAAAUAAUUAUCGAUUUACAAGUAUAUGUUACUUUUUUUUUUUGGUACAAUUGCUGUGGUCGCCUUCUAUUUUAUGGCCUAGUCGUUACCAAUUAUCGACCGAUCGAUGUAUGAUCCAUAUUUUUGUUCAAUUUAAAUUUAUGAAUGUGCUUGUUUUUCUCAUAAAUAAAAAACACGCGCACUCGGUGUGGAAAUUUUAUACUUUGCUAGA